AUGCGGCCGGACAUAUCCUCAGCCCGCCUUUGAGGUCCAAUGCGCAAACGCCCACAAUGCUCAUGAAAUUCCUUCAGGCGUAAGUCUCCGCUUGCGCUUGUGGCGGCGUUUGGUGAGCUGGACACGUGUGAUGUACGUCGGAAUGGAAACAUGAGGUUUUCUGGUUCGAUAAGUCGUGGAUAUAAAAAACCCUUUGAGUGACUCUUCCAGUAUCGAAGACAAACGGUUAUUCGAACUUUUUUGGAAUUUUAACUGUAUUGUGUCUUGUUCAGACAUUCAGUAAUCCAUGUGACUUUAAAUUAUGAGGACAUGGAAGGAAUUUAGCCGGUUAUACAUCCUUAUAGAAUUAUGUCAGAUUAUCCAAACUAAAAAUUGUGUAUAUCAAAUCUUCAGUCAGCGAACAAAGCAUUGUUCAAUAUUCGUUUAUCCACCUUUGAAUUACUUGAUGAAAUACGAAUCUAUCCGCAACCUUUUCAAAAUCCCUGCGUUUAAUAUUCGCGCCUGCAGAAUCCUACGUUGCUGGUGAAGAACAAAAAAUGUUUCCGCUAAUGCGCGGAGUGAUGAAACAUUCUUCUAGCUAGCUAUCUAACCGGUAACCUUAAAGAUUCUGCAGCUGCAAGUUUGUCGUUUUUUAGUGAAUGCACUCGACUCUCCGUAGCAGCACAACACUAGAUGAGUGUUGACUCAAAUUUGAUUGAGAAUUAGUGUACUUAAUUCAAAUACCAUAGAAAAAAUUCUAUAGUCGUGCCAAAAGAAGCCAUGUGGAGCAGUAACAUGUUCGAGCUAAAAUCGGUCACUGCAGAACGGCCGCAUUGGUAUUGUUCUCUGAAAAGGAAAAUCUUAAAACUGUGUCAACCGAAUAAAUUCAUUAAAACACAAUAUCACGAGUUUGUUUCCGAAAGAUAUACAACACCCCUGAUGACACCUUGGCACUACCUCUCAAGUGUAUACUAUUGAUGAGUGCAUACUCCUGCCAAAGUUUUAUUCUGCUAAAAUAAAGUGCAGUGUCAGAGCCCUUUACCAUUGGAUUAGACAGGAUCAGGUCCAUAAAAAUAGGAUUGUAGGGAUCAUGUCAUAAACAGAAGCUUUGUUCGUGUCGAGCAACCACUUGAUUCAACGUCUCGUGUAUAACAAUAUUAUCUUCGACCUGCUUGGCCAGCAUCCAAAAAGACUACCACUGGUUUGCAACAUUACCAUAUGCUCAACUUUCGCAGCAUGCUGAUUUUUAUAAUUACAAGCUUUCUUAUAUUUGACCCUACACUUGGUCUUCGCUUAUCUGUUCUCAGCAUUAGGAUUAUAAACUGUUUUCACAUCAUACCUGUAUGUUUAAUUUGCUGAUCGGUUGUAGCUUGAAAACAUACACAAUCCAUGGGAUUUGACAAACUAAAUUUUUGAUCUAAUUCAAGUUAGUCAAACCAGCUCAUUCAUAUUGUAUACCAAGAAAAGCUCAUGUUCCUCAAUUUUGACGUAUAUGCAACUAAUUAAUGUCCAGGCUUUGGAGAGCAAAAGAUCACUAACUGCAGCUUUGCUUGUGGUGUUAACACUGGAUUCCAUAGAAUGAAUCAUUCAUGUGCCAUAAAAGAUACAUUUCUGGUAAAUCAGAUCUGAUAAUGAGAGUUAAGGUUGAUUCUGACUAUACAUUCCGUUUCCAUUCCGUAACCGUUCCGUAAAUUAUUGAAAUUAUAUUCGCCUUCGCUUAAAGCAGGUUAUUGCGUGUGUAUGCACAUUAUCCGUAAGGUAUACUGUGUAUACAAUCACAUUGUACGGAACCUUUACGAAACUGAUAUGGAAUGGAAACGCACUGUAUAGUGAGAAUUAACCUUUAUUCUACCUUUCAACUUCACUAUACUGUCUCUUACUAGAUCACAGUACCUAUGGAGAGCAGAUUACCAGUAAAGAGACAUUUUGUUUUUUCUUUGGACUAUCAGUUUUCAUGGAGCGCGUUUUGCCAAGGUCCAGCGAUGGAGCGCUUUUAGACUGCACAGCACUAGAGUUCCGCCCACGGUUGUAGGUGGUCACUUCAAAAUACCUCACGAAACAAGAAAGUACCUAGUAUACUAUGGUACCAUGUGCGUAGUCCAGUUUCCCUAAGGAAAAUUGCAAACUGCGCAAGCUGAUCCGUAACGCAUCUGCUAUUCGUUCUUGCUUACAAACAUGAAUCGGAUGAUAGAGGACCAUUGUUUUCACUCACUCGCUGAAAAUUCUUCUAACACUUCUACUUUGUACUUGUAUCUUGAGGCACUACCAUGUUUUAUAUGGAAAGUCAACAUGGGUAAACACUAAUUACACGUUCAUGACAAGUUGUCACACUGACAAUGACAGUUGUAAAUUUGAAACACUCAUGCGUUGACAGGAGAAAUCCGCGCAAAGAGGCCAAUUGCAUAUGUGUGAGAUGGAUUUAUGGAAGUAAUUCCUGUAGUCUUACUUUGUCCUACCAAACACAGGUAAAAGACAUAUAGUAGUGGAAUACUUUUGAAAGUUCGUAACAUUUAAUCAACAUACUAUAAAAUCUGGCAGCCAAAUGAAAAGUGUUGUCAAACUGACAAACCUAUCCAAUGACUACUACUAUUUAGCACAACAGCGCUGCUUCGCUGGACCGCUUCACGUUGGUUGAACGCACUUGUAGAUUAAUUAUUACAUUUGAAAAAUACGGCUUUCCAACUUUGCCCAAGUGGUACAGAUUCUUGUUUUUCUUAAAGCAAUAACCCAUGAUAUAAAUAUUUUAAUAUCAUCAAGUAUGUGUGUGCCUAAAAAUUCUAGAUGCAUUCAUUAUGAGAUCUUUAACGCUAUGAUCAUGUGUGUAUUUGAUUUUCUCAUCAUCACUCUGCUGACUAACAUAAACUGCUUGGUGUUACGUGUGUCUGUAUUUAACAUAUAGGUUGGGUCUCCGCUUUAUGUGUCUAACGUGACCUCGGACCAAUCCGCGGAGGUCAUAUCCGCCUACCAAUCAAAAGGAGUGAUUGUUUACGGUGAGGUGGAAGCAUCAUCCGUUGCGGUUGUCGGUCAAAGCAACAAUCCUAAUCUGCUGACGUCACCACCAAUUCGAUCAUCUCCUCAAGCUCAAACUAAUUUACUAAGCUUCUUAGCAUCGGACAUUCUUCAAGUAACAGGCAGUGACAACUGCACGUUCAACCAGUCACAAAAAGCUUUAGGAAAGAACGACUUCAGAAAAAUCCCCAACGGUGUGAAUGGCGUAGAAGACAGAAUGUCUGUGAUUUGGGAGAAAGGCGUUCAUGCUGGUAUCAUUGACCCCAGCAGAUUCGUAGCUAUUACCAGCACAAAUGCCGCGAAGAUUUACAAUCUGUUCCCCAGGAAAGGUGUGAUUGCGGUUGGAUCUGAUGCUGAUAUUGUCAUAUGGAAUGCUAACGAGACUAGAACGAUAUCAGCUAAAACUCACCAUCAAGCUGUGGACUUCAAUGUCUUCGAGGGCAUGACUUGUCAUGGUGUUCCGGAGUACGUCAUAGUUAACGGCAGAGUAUGCGUCGACGAAGGCCAACUCAGAGUGGCCGAGGGCCAUGGAAGGUUUAUCGAAACCCCAGUGUUUCCACCCUACGUGUACGAUCCAGAAAAAUACAUCACACUACUCACUGAACAUAAAAAUGGAACAGUGGAACAGAAUACGCAAAACUUCCAAAAGAUCCAUUUGGAGCAGUAUUCAUGUGAAACCCCAACAUUUCCUGAAUCAGUAGUUAACACUCCCUCUUGUAGGGGCGCAAGACCAGAGGGCCAAAGAAAUAUCCAAGAAUCAACAUUUUCAGUUAGUGAAGAACUAGAUGUUGAUAAGAAGACAUCUACCCGAGUGAGACAUCCUCCAGGUGGUAAAUCGUCUGGCUUUUGGUAAAAACAAACUCACAAACCGAUUUUUUACGACCAGUGACGGUAAAAUGCUUUUGAAUGACGCUUUUUAAAUUUUUAAUUGUAUCGGAUGCCGUGAAAUGACUACAAAUGAUAAUCUGUUGCAGUCUGUGUAUCUAAGUUCUCAAUCACCGUAUUCAUGAAAUUAACUUCUGGGGCAUAACUUUUUUAUGAUAGAUUCAGUACAGUUGGGGUUUUAACCUUAAUGACAUGUAAAUCAUAAUGAUGUUAGUGUUGCUUCUAUUUGUUCGGCCCAAAAAUGUAAUUUUAAGAUGUCCAUGGAAAAUCAUCUCUUUUCAACUCGAUUAAAAUGGAUAUUUUAGGAAUAAAACUGCAAAAUCUAUAUUCAUUUGCAUACUGUAUGAGAUAUUGAAAAUAUCAUUUAUGGUUUCUUUAUAUCUUGCGCAAAAGUAUUUGAUCGCCUUGUAGCUUGCAAGCUGGCAGGUAUCUAUGAUUCAGUAUCUUAGAAUUGUGUUGGUCAAAUCGAGACUAAACUAAAAGUAAAACCAACUUGAAUUUUAUUAUUUAUUAAAUUCUGACAAAAAUAAUGUUUUAACUGGUUAGAUACAAAAUAUUAUCAAUGGAAAAGACAGGAUACAUUCUUUAGAUGUCAAAUAGACAAUUGUUUGUGGUGUUUCCAAAUUUGUUUAUAUCGCAUAACUGGUAAAUGGAUUGUUUCAUCCAGUACCGGAUAUAAAUUACUCAUAGACAAGAAUAAAUUGUUACUGUAAUAUAGCAUUGCAAAAUGCUUAAAAACGUCUCUUCUAAUUACUUUUUUCAAGAAAUGCGAAAAUGUAUUAACUGACAUGGUCUUUGAAUGUUAAAUAUCUGUACGUUUGUUUGAAAUAUUAGCACAAGUUUUGUUUAUGAGUGUAUAUUUAGCUAACUGCUAUAUCGUUGUUCAUAAAAGUAUCAUUACAUUGUUACCAUAUGAAUUAAGUUUAAAGAAGGUAACAAAGUAUAUUUUUUUCUCAUCCAAGUUCCAGCACAUUCAAUGUUUCAUCUAGGUUUCACCACAUUGGACAUGUUUUUGUUACAUUGGAGUUAUAAUUAUGGCUGCCACUUAUUCGGUAUUUAUAGAAAAACAAUGAAAUUCCUAUUUUAUAACUCCACUUUAUGUCGCGUUUCAAACGUUUUCUAGAGCGGCAAAGUAGUCUGCUCUUUACACAAACAAAUUGCUGUACAAGUGCUGGAACUUCAUACAUACUACAUGCCUAUAUUCAAACUUAACUAUUGCAAUACUUUUUGUCACUGUACCUGUUAAUUUUUAUUUAUUUGUAGAAUAGUUUUAUUUACACUUGGUCUGCUUAUACUACUUUUGAAAGGCCAGUUUGUUAUUUAUUGUUAAGUUGCAAAUAAUGACUACUGUCAGAACAAGACAUAUGCAGCUCUAAAACGGAAAUAAGCAAUUAUGCAUGCAAACGUUUAGACUGAAUCAUUAUACUUUUCGGUUUUUAAUGUAAUAUGAGGAAGGCACGCAGGUAUUUCAUUGAAUAUUAGUGUUUGUAUUGUAUUCUUUUGAAACUUAAUAAAAAAUAUCUGAAAGUAGGC